AUGGAAAACACCAGCCGUUUAGAAAAGUUCAGAGUAAGAGAUGGUUUCAAAUUCAAUUCAAGUAUUGAAAUUACUCAAGGUCAACCCAGAAAUUUGGUUUCUAUGGAUAGAGAAAAUAUGGUUGCCAUUACUAACACUAAGAAUGACGAUGAGGCAAGCUAUCUUUCAGUUGUCAUUUUCAAGAGUGGUUUAUUCGAAACUACUGAAAUAAUUCCGCCUAGAUAUCCACCAAACCUAGCAGGUUGUGAUUUCCCAUUGCUAUCAGGCAGUACCACAAACUUCAAGAUUGAUACUUAUGAAGUCGAAGUUUCCUGCACUGACAACAUGGACAGAGUUUACAAUGUUUUUACAACAAGUUAUGUCGUUAAUUACAAUCAGGCACUUGCUGGCACUCAAGUCAAAGCAAUACCAAAAGAUUUUAGAUUGGGUUUGACAAAGCUUUCAAAAUCUCAUGCCUUAAUUGCCAAGAAUAUUCAAAAUGGAUAG